CAUGCUGGCAACGCUGAAAGAUGCCGUGAUGUGUGUGAUACGAGUGGAAGAGCCCCUAACGCGGAUAACACUCCAAGUGGCAGGCAUAACGAAGAUAAUGGUGACAGAAAUUACAGUAAAGAGGAGAAAACUACGUACGUGUUCUGCAACAUUUGCGCUGAUAUUAUGGAAAAAUCCAUCUUUCAGGAUCAUUUGUACGCACACACGCUGGAAUCUCCAGAAAAAAAUGAACAAAGUUGCGCAUAUGAAAUGCAAAAGAACCCAAAUAAUGGCCCAUUCGACACAAGGAAUAAGAGUUCCUAUACUAAUUUCAGCUCAGACAGAAACAAGCAAAACAGAUGUGCACUAAAACGUACCUUCAAUGACACCAACUGUGCUUUUAACAACUCUGAAAUAAUUUUAACUGAUAAUAAUGACCAUCAUGCGGAGGAACAUAAAAUUUUUGACAUGCUUUAUAAUUACAAUUCCAGUCUUGACCGUUUUAGAAACAACCCAGCGGUUAUCAACAAAAGGAACAAUAACAAUAACAAUAGCAAUAGCAGCGUAAUUUGCAUUUCCGAAAAAAGGAACCACAUGGUAGAUGGCAAAAGUAACAAUUCCAUAAGUAACUUAUGCAAAGGUGUAAGUGCGCAAAAUAUAAUAGAAAUUGUGAGCCCAGGGGAAAAUGAAGCAGAAGACAUCUUAUCACUCAGCAGCAACGUCGAACAUGUAAACAGAAAUGUAACAAGAAAUGGAGGAGAGGCAAGCUUGCCCAAUAAAUUAGAAGCCAACAGAACUGCUGUUGAUAAUUACCUUUCUGCUAUGAGAGAAUCCCUUUCUGCCAUUCUUCCUGACCCGAACGCAUCCUCAUUGGAAAAUAGCCCCACGAGGAACAACACAGAGAGUUAUAAAAACGAGGAACAUCCUAGCCGUAUUAUUAACGACAUACUUUCCAUGAUAAGCGCAAUACAGGCUAACGUAAAAAGGGCUGCAGAAAAGUCCCAAAACAGGGUUAAUAUUAACAGCGCGAGGGUAGAUGUAGACAAUUUUGUGACUAAAAGCAUGAGUUGCAUACUCAGGGAUAUAAAUGACAUAAAGGGAACAAAUAGGAGUGGAAAAAAUGAUGACUCUGCCGAUGCUGUGUUAAAUAAAAAAUUGAAGAAAAUACACCAAAGUUUAGAUGAUGUGAAUAAAAGAAUUAACGCCGCAAUAGAAAAUAAUCGCACCGGUGACAGGAACAGCGUUGCUAGCACCAUCAGCGGGGGCAUUCUUAACAGAACCAGCAUCACUAUUGUUAACAGCACUGACGGAGGCAACGGGAGCGAGAGGCCCAGCGCAAGCGUCAGUCAUACGAGCAACGGAAACGUUAUCCACAUGAACAGCGGCACCAGCAAUAGUGGGAACGUUCAUAUCAGUAGAAGCAACAGCUACCGAGAUGGCAACUCAAAUGGCGAACCCGCCAAUCGUGGAAGACAAAACAGUUUUUACAGCACAGGUGCACCAGGAACUCAUGAAUUCAGUGGCAGAAACGGAAGCUCUUUUUUUCAUAACCAGAAUGUAUUUUCACAUGAAAGCUUUUUUACAGGCAUACCAGCCGACUCACCACACACGCAUUUCUCCCACUCGUGUGCCAAUCCGUAUAACCAAAUAGUACGUACAGAAGCUGGAAGCAUUAAUGAUGUAAAUUACUUAUAUUCCAAUUUGGUAGACAGAUAUCCAUGUAUUUGUGAAAAUUCGGGGUUUUCCCAUUUUGACAAUAGCUCUAAUAAUAUUUGGCCCUUAAGGAGAGUAACAAACAGCAACAUGUUUAAAACUUCUAAUGACUCACCAAAUUCUAGGCGCAUUAAAGAGGCGAAUAACAUGAACGUGAAUGCUAACAUGUUUAAUUACCGAAACGAUGGGGGUAACAAUGCCCACAAUAACAUUUCGCCCAUAAACAAUGGAAGAAAUACGAGCAAUUCUAUGAAUGGAACCAUGGGGUAUAAUUUAAUUAAUAAUGGUGCAGGGGUGUAUCCUGCCGACCCUCCCUCCAGCAAUCCAUUUCUCUUCAUGACAAAUAGACACAACAGAAACAUCAGGAGCGAUGUUAGAACGAAUCAAGUCGUUAACACCAUUACGAACAAUUACAGCUUUAUCAGCACUAGUAGAAAUAGCGUAAGUAGCAGAAGCGCCAACCAGGGCCCUGGCAGAAUCCACAACGGGAAUAGCGCCAUUGGAACCACAUCUAUCAUUAACAUAAAUAACUUCAAUUGUGUUACCACGAAUAGUAAUUAUAGCAAUAACAGAAGUGCUGCUAUGGGAGGCGCUAUCGGUGCUCCUAUUGUUCCUCCUGUUGUUGUCCCUCCUGUUGUUGUCCCUCCUGUUGUCCCGUCGGUUGCCCCUCCCGUCGGUGCUGCACACGCUGCCGUUAAUGCCGCUGUAAUGGCUGCAAGGGGAUUAGCGAGACCCCCUGGCCCGCGUGCGGGUGGAAGGGCAGGAACAAUUGCGGGGGGGCCCGCUGGGCAAGGCGUGGCCCCCGUUCUCGGUCCAUCUACGAGCACGUGCUCGUCCAGGGUUAGCACUACAACUGUGAGAGCGAGCACUGAAGGGAAUUUAGACCCCGUUUUCAGCUUUUACGUUCUUCCGCCAGGCCGGACCGGCCGCGGCAGAGGGACACACCAUAACGGGAGAGGAACAAACCAUAACGGGAGAGGAACAAACCAUAACGGCGGCGGCGCAAACAAUAACGGCAACGGCAACGGCAACGGCAACGGCAACAAUAAUAUCACGACGAGCAACACCCGCAACGUUCAUAAUGGCUCCGCGACGUCCGGCUCCCUAAGCGAAAGCGCAGCUGACGAGGUCACCAUGAGCGGCGACCCACAAAGAGCAGCAGACAACCCGUUUGGCGCAAAUUUAAGGAGAGAACAAACGUUAACUCGAAGCAACGAAAGGAUCAAUAGAAUUGUAAACAGGAUCACACGAGGAGUGGCCAAUGCGUCUAGCACCGCGAGAGAACAACCUGGAAGCGGAAAUAAAAAAGUAGGCACGCGCGCAAAGUUAAAGGAAAAUAAUGAUUACCUCAUUGUGCACUUUGACAUAAAAAAAAACGAAAACAACAACUUAAAAAUAUGUUCCAUUUGUUACGAAAAUUACCAACACAACGAAUCUCUCAUCUUCUUGCCCUGUACACACAAUUUCCACAAAGCCUGUAUAAUUGAGUGGAUAAAUAAGAAGUCUACUUGUCCCAUUUGCAAAAUUAACAUUAAAAAUUUUUAA